AUGAAGACCUUCAUUGCCCUGCCCCUGCUCGCCGCGGCUGCCUCGGCCCUCGCGGCACCCCAGCCCGCGGCCCGCGCGGACGCCAAGACCUUCAAGGAGCCUGCUCGCGACCGCGACGACUGCUACAAGAAGGACCCGAGUAUGCCGUGGCGGGCGUCGGCGACGCUGAUCGAGGACUGUACCGGCACGCUCGAGUACUGUCUGCGCGGCUACUACGCGCAGCACGACGAGCAGUUCGCUGACGCGGACGCGUGCCUGACCUCGCGCGGUGUCGACCCGGCGACCGCCAUCGGCGACGCCAUUCGCAUCGUCAACCGCGACGAGUACCGCCAGGGCUUCCAGGCGCUGCACGACGCCAACCACCUGAUCAACCGCCACCGGCUGCUGGUGCGCCUGGAGCGCGAGCUCGUCUCGCCCGACCGCGACCCCGAAGGCGACAAGAUCGUCGAAAACAUCUGGCGGAGCAAGGAUCGGCGCGCAUGGGCGGCGCGCAAGGCCAUCGCGGACGCAAAGGAGCACUUUGGGGGUGCGUUCGCGCCGGGCCACGAGAUGGAGAUCGCGGCGGCCAUCAAGGACGCCGAGGAUAGGCUCAACGCCUCGUGGGACGAGGUCGAUGGCAAGGACUUUGGGCAGAUCUCCGGCAUGUGGCAGUGGUUCACGAGCCACACCGAGGAGAAGUACUAUUACGCGUGGUAA